AGAAGGGUAGAUCACGUGACCAACUGACUUACCUGUCAAUGGCGUCGCGAGUUCAGUUGGAGUGUUUCACCUGUAACUUGUCAACUUUUAAACUAAACCGAACAACCGGAAUCGGACACCAACAACAUCAACAAGUUGUCUCCCGACCCCAUUCCCCAUCAUAGUUAUUGCCAUUACCUUUCAUUUUUAAUUCAUUUCAGUCAACACCAUUCAAACUUUAUACAGGAAAGAAAAAGACACUCCCAAACUGACAACGUCUAAUCUGCGAUCAGAGAACGAGAAAAUGGGCCAGAAAAGAUGGCCUAUGAUUCUUGACUGGAUCCUCUUACAUAUUCUCGUCAUCUCUUGGUGUCCAUUGAUUUGUUGGGCUGAACUUGUGAAAUGCAGAGAACCUUAUGGUCGAAGUGAGUUGGAGAAGCGUCACGUCAUGACCCACACUACUUACGGAACGGUUGAAGGUUUUUCCAUACCAGUUCAUAACACGCUUCUUAGAGACAGAAGAGUGAAUGUCUUUCUUGGCAUUCCUUAUGCCAAAAGACCUACCGACAAGGACCACAAAGAAUUUCGCUUCAAGAUUCCUGACGAACCAGAAUGGGACGGUGUGUGGGAUGCUACGAAAUACCGCCCUGCCUGUCCACAGGCUCCAUGGUAUGCCCGUGAAACUAUCCCCAACUUUCACGAGAUGGAUGAAGACUGCCUUUAUUUGAAUAUUUUUACUCCAAAUGCUUCAUCACAACAAGGUACCAUACAUCAAGAUGGCUGGGGCCAAAUCAACAGGCCCCUCUACCCUGUCCUUGUGUUCAUUCACGGUGGGGGAUUUGUCAUGGGGACAUCUCAGCAAUACCCUGGUUUGUUCUUGGCUGAACGCAACGUUGUUGUCAUCACAAUGAACUAUCGACUGAAUGCCCUUGGUUUCUUGAGUACCGAAGACCAAUUGGCACCUGGGAACUAUGGAAUGUGGGACCAGGUGCGUGCACUGCUUUUCAUCAAGAAUAACAUCAGGAACUUCCAAGGUGACCCGAACAAGAUCACCAUAGCUGGUCAUGAUGCAGGCGCUGCAAGCGUGGGAAUACAUUUACUCUCACCUCAGUCACAAAUUGAUGGUGCCCUGCAGGGCAACAUCCGCUCAAUUCUUCCCAGACCUCCCAAGGAAAUGAGGGAAGAGAGAAGGUUUCAAAGAAUCAAAGUUUUGGCAGGAAUCGUUGAAGACGAAGGAGCAUAUUUCAUACCCAAUUAUUUUGGACUUGAAGAUGGAAUACAACCGGCCGAGUUUCAAAACCUAAUUUACGAAUUUGUGGUGGAGAGGAAUGCAACCAAUCAAGAGAGGUCCUUGGAGAGCCUGGAAUUUGAAUACACUUAUUAUGAAGACCCCAAAAAUAUAACUGGUAUUCGGAACCGUUCGAUUGCACUGAUGUCGGACUAUAUGUUUGGGUCUGGUGUCGAUGAAGUUGUCAAAUACCAUGCAAGAUAUAACGCGACCUACUUCUAUGUCUUCAGAUACAAGUCACAUUACGAUUAUCUUCCACCAUGGAGAGGAGUUGCUCAUGGUCAGGACUUGCAGUACGUGUUCGGCUUCCCUUACUUCUCGCGGUGCUACAGUAAGAUCACUGGAAUCUACCCACGCCAAGACUACUCAGUGGAUGACAUUGAAAUGAGUAAUUACAUGAUGACAGUGUGGACUAACUUCACUCUACAUGGGGCCCCAACUCCAUCCAGAGAUGAUCUAAAAUAUUUCCGGGAUGUUUACUGGCCCCCAUUCCAGUGGAACAAUCAGAGUUAUAUGAUCAUUGACAACCAUACAAGAGUAAGUUUUCGGUAUCGACAGCAAGAAUACAUGUUUUGGACGGAUUAUUUCCCUAAAGUCUCCUUAAAAUUUUGCCAAGGAUCUCCUGUUGUCAAGAUAGAAUCUGAAAAGAUGACCACUUUCAUGAAGACCACCUGGGCACUAGUUGUGAUCAAUGCCAUUCUUCUCAUCAUUCUCUUGGCUUUUUCGAUCACCAUUUGCCGGCUACAUCGGCAGAAGGGUUUCUGAAACCACUAGAUGUAUUUUGGCAGCAAAAUGUCCUCAAAUCAUACCCUGCUAGCUAUAAGGCCAAAAAAUAAAAAAAAUAAAAAAACAGAGAGAGAGAAAAAAGGGGGAAAUUGAACAAUAUCUUAGAUAAACAAGAAAAACAUGGGCUGGUCACAUCUUGAUUGUCUGUGGAUAAUGUUGAUAAUAACAACAGUUAUCCAUGUAUUUAUUUUGUUGACCAAUCUUGUGUACCAUAUACACUUGCUUUCCUUGAGAAAGUUUUCUACAGUGACAGGUUUAUCUGACUGCCCAGUUGUCUGGUUGGUCACUUGCGAAACAGUGUAACAUCUUGUGAAUAUAAUUCUUUCUUUUCAAUCCAAAUACAAAAAAAAAAUUAAAAAAAUUCAAAACUCGAAAUCAGUAUAAUAAUAAUAACAGCAAUAAUAAUAAUAAUAAUAAUAAUCACAGCAACCAAGUAUCAAAGCUUAUAAUAUAUGGAAAGAGAUGCUGUGAGACCUGACAACAGGCCGUUGUCUGCUCUCACAGAAUCAACCAGAGCAAACGACCAAGUGCUUUGAGAAGUAUAACAAUAAUGAUAAUAACUAGUAGGACCCAUGGAAAUUCCACAGAGCGAAAAAGAUUAAGAGAAGCUACUCAAGAAAGAAAGGAUGAUUUUUAUUUUAUAAUGUAUUUCGCUUCCAGUUAGAAUAAUAGAUUAUAUGAUUUUAAAAUUUCCCUCUGCUAAGCACUUUACAUUUCUCUCUUUCUAUUCACCUCUCACUUCCACCAGUCAUACGAGUGACAGCAUAAUGCAUUGACUGGCUAUCUGGUCUCUCACUUCUCCUCCUCCUCUCUUACAAACUAAAGCGUAAAGUAUGAACGAGCAGGUAGAAGAAGAAUAUUAUAGAUUCAGUUCAAUAGAAAAAUAUUCUUUUCACUAUCAACACACCACCAUCUUUAUCACUAUAGUUUUCAAUGUAUCUCUAUUCUGACAAUACAAAUGCUAUCUGCCCCUCUCUCUCUCCCCCCAAUAUAACUGCCUCCCUUGUCCAUCUUUCUCUAUCUGCCAUUCGUUAACUUCACCACCCAGAGCAUCACCCUCUACUAAAGAUUGUAUCCUAAACAUAUCUCUUUACCUUUCCUUCACCACUUUAAUAAUAAUAAUAAUAAUAAUAAUAAUAAAAGUACUGAUGAUGAUACUAUCAAUAAUAACUUGCGUCCUUGACAUUGUGUUGGCAUAUACACCAUUGCAAGGACUGCAAUUCUCUAAUUUUACUCUGCUCUUUUCGCCUAUUGUCUCCGCCAUGGGAACCUUAAUGCAGCUAAAUCUCUGUUGGAUCAUAUUCCUAUCUUGGGGGAAUGUAUAUUAGAAAACCCAGGCUUCCAGAUGAGGCAGGAAUGGCCUAGAGGUCUUUUGGUGAGAAGUUUUUUUGAUCGAGACUGACCUGGGGCCAAGCAAUAACAAUGACAACAACUUUAUUGGUAUACAUAUAAGCCAACAAGAGGAACCUCUUUGCUGACACACGAACUGCUAGAAAUAGCAACCAGAUCUCAAACGUUGGAUAAUGUUGUCCAGAAAAUACUGCAUCUUAAAAAAAAGAUAAUAGAACAAAAAUCUUUUAUUUAUAAAUCUGGUCUGUCCUGGUCUAGUCUUGAACAAUCAGCAGUUUCAUUGUUUAGCAACAACAACAAUAAUAACAAUAAUAGACCAACAGCAGCAGACUUUGCAGGGGACUUUGCAGGGGACAAACUCAACCUGCUCCCUGACUUUUACACUGUCCCUUUUGUCAUUAGAAUACACAGAAUUGUCCUCAGUCGAGUAGGAACAUGGUGAGUUUGGCUGCCUGGAUUUCUGUUUGUUCUUAUGGGUCUUGGUCUGCUUAAUCCAGACUGACCAAUGGCAAUUACUAUUCAGCUUCUUUUUUUUUUAUAUAUAUAUUUUAUGUAUAGUUUUUUUUUUAUUUGAAUACUAGCUUUAUUUGAAAUGACGACACUUUGAGUGCAACCAAAGGUGAGUGUGAGUAAAAACGGAUUACUUGAGUGUAAUAUGAGACAAUGAUUGCUGACUAUGAGUGAAAAUAGAGUUUAGAUAUUGAUUACAUGAGUGUAACUUGAACUGAAGUACUGAUCACUUUAACCCUUUUGUUACCAUAUUUAUGUUGAAAUACACUAUUUUUGUUACAAUUAAAUUUGAAAAUAUUGAAGUGUUUUGUAAAAUAAUCUUGUUGGUAUUUGGAACACUAACAUGAAAUUUUGAUGGAAGAUCACUUUAACCCUUUUGUUACCAUAUUUCUUUUGAAGUACGCACUGCCUUUGUUUCAGUUAAUUUUGAAAAUAAUGAAUUUAGUAAAAUUAUUUUGUUGCUAUUAAGCUUGGUCUUUUGGAACAAAUUAUUAUGAAACUUCCAUAGAAGAAUGUUUACACUUAGAUCACUUUAACCCUUUUGUUACCAUACUCCUGUUGAAAUGCAUUGCCUUAGCUGUAACUUGAUACAGUGCAAGUGAGUGUUUUUUGAACUGCUGAUUGCUUUCGUUUUGUAAUAGACAGCUAUCAUGCAGAAGAUGCCAGCUUCCAAAUCCUGUUUUCUGAUUAAGUAAAAUUGAUUAAACUUUAAACUUUAGUAACAUUUUUCUGCAAUUUUUCUGGAAAAAAUAAACAACAAAAUCGGAGUUAAUGCAGAAAAUUAUUUCAAUGUAUCAAAUUUGAAUAUUUUGACAUGAUUUUAAAAUUUCACAAUAUGUGACAGCAACAGGGAAGACCCUACAAAAGUAGAGAGAGACAAGCAAUUAUAGGACGUCUCUGUCUCACACACACACACACAUGAUUUACAAACGUACACAGCAUUGCAUGUAUAUCCCUGAAUGACAGCUGCAUUAACGUUAUCGUUGUACUGUCACUCCAUAUUUGUCGCUUACAUAACUUUGUUCUCCCCUUCCCUGAUAUCAGUGACCCUCACUAUGCCACCAUGUUUCUCUCACACUAACACUCUUGCACUCUUCUCAUUUUAUCAAAUAGUAGCCCAACCCCACUAGGGGGCCCAUAAUAGAUUUUUAUUGAAAUUCAGUUAGCCUAUAAUUGAACUGGAUGUUAGCUUAACAUGUAUGCAAAGUUUCAUUAAGAUUGGUUUACUGGUGUAGGCAGCAAGAUGGUAACAGACAGAAAUUGCCAUUUAUGUAUAAAAUAUGUAUAUAUAUAUAUAUAUAUAUAUGUAAUAUAUGUGUGCCCAAAUCUAGUAUCAAGCAAAAUACCUUCUGGUGUUAGAUUAUAUCCCCAUUCACAGGUUGGCUCUGCCUUUCAAGAUUCCAAAGUUAAUAAAGUUUGUACCUGUUUACAAUUACUUACUACUUUAUUGAAUAUGUUGUCCCAGCAUGACCACACUGAUUGAAACUAGUAAGGUUUAAAAGAGUAAAGUCUUGUGAAUAUAACAGCGACAUUCUUAUCAUUAACCCUCUUCUGCUAAUUAAUAAUCUUUCACAAAUCAUUGGUACAUAUACUUUCAACGAAUCUCUUAUUGUAUAUCCAUUGUAAUUACUUUUGUAAUUAUUUUUGUAAAAUAUUAAAAAUAUAAA